UGAAAUUUCCCCAAAAUCAGAACAGAAAAGGAAAAGGUCAUACGUUCAUUUGGUAUAAGACAGCAGCAGUGAAAAAAAAAAAACUAACCAUCUUCUUCUCUUUCGUCAUAGCAUAAAAAAGUCAAAAAAAAACAAAAGAAAGAUGGGAUUAUUUUCCAAAAAGAAAUCACCUAGACCUGCUUCUUUCCAAGAAGGCCCUCCUCCUUAUUCACAAAGUACGGGUAGUCCGGCUCCACAGUCUUACGCUCCUCCCUCACCACCGAAACCUUCCAACCCGGAUAGUCGACCACUACCUUCAGGAUGGAUUAGCCAGCUGGAUCCUUCCACCAACCGCUGGUUCUACGUAUACACGCCCACCGCUCACCGCCAAUGGGAACAUCCACAUGACAAACCGCUCGGUGGUGGAGAAAGCAGUUCAUACCGUGGUUAUCCUCAACAACAGCAACAACAACCAUAUUAUCCCCAACAGCAAUACAUACCUCAACAACAGGCUUACAUGCAACAACCCAUGAUGGGCGCCGCAGGCAGUCGCUUUGGUGGCCUUGGUGGUCCCGGUCGCGGUGGUAUGGGCAUGGGCGGCGCAGCAUUAGCAGGUGUAGGCGGCGGUUUAGCAGGCUAUAUGAUUGGCGACGCCUUAUUCGACCACAAUCCGGAUGUCGUAAAUAACUACUAUGGCGACGGCGGUGAUAUGGGCGGCGGCGGCUACGAUGACAUGGGCGGCGGCUUUGACGAUAUGGGCGGUGGUUUCGACUUUUAAGACGGACGAUACGAACUUUCGCAUAGCUCUUAUUUGUAAAUAAUCAUCAUCAUCAUAAUGUAGUUGCAAAAAUUAUAUAAUCUAUGUAUAGCAACCAAGAGCGUUAAUAAGGAAUAAAGAUGUGAGGCGAUCUAGCCAAGCCGUGUCAAUAAUAUAUUGUGUUUCAAAGGAU